AUGGCGAUCAGAAUCACUCGCAUGACGCCUGCCGAUAUAGAUGGCGCCAUCGCGACCAUUCAACAGGCCUUUGCGGAUGACCCUUACUCAAACUGGGUGUUUGACAAGUCUCAGUUCAAUCCCGCGCGGAACCACCAAUCUCUUACUCUCCGCUGCCACUGGGGCAUCAAGCAUGGAAUCUUUCACGUUGCCAAAGACCCGAGCUCGUCCGAACCUGACAAAGUCCUUGGCACAGCCAUGUGGUUGCCUCCGACACCGCCCGACCAAGCCGAGUCCUGGUCCCUUUGCUAUAGUAACUGGAUGCUCUGGUUCCAACAAGGGCUGAUGAACCUCCGAUUUGGCCGCGGCGGCCUUAGGGCGCACCGCUACUGGAUCUGGAAGGACGCACAAGCCAAGGCACAAGCAAGUCUCUGGACUAGCGAGAAGGGUUACUACUUCUGCAAUAUCGUCACCAUUCUUCCAGAGUGCCAAGGAAAGGGUAUCGGUAGGGCGCUGAUGGAGGAAGUGCUGCAGAUGGCCGACGAGCAGGGCAUUCCUGCAUACCUAGAAAGCUCGAGGAAGGAUCCAAACGUGCCCAUCUACGAGAAAUUUGGGUUUGAGCUGAAAAAGGAGAUGGAGUGCGACGAUGACGGAGACGCUAUCAUGCUGUAUUGCAUGAUCAGAGAGCCUCGGGGAGCAAAGAAAGCCGGCGAUUAUGGAACGUUUCAGGGAACCAGCGGCCAGAACGGCACGGCAGAUUGA